UGUAUUAACAAUAAUUAGGACAAAAAAAACUAAAAUAAAUUUUUAUUAAUAAAUAAAAAAUAAAUAUGAGUUCCCAACAAACCAGUGAUUACGAGCGAAACCGUAAUAAGUGGUCGCGAGGACAGACACCCGACGAUAUUAUCGAAAUAUGUCGUCGACUUUGCGGUCAAUAUUUAGGCGGUAUUUGGUCAGAAAUCAACGACGGUCGUCGUCGUCGGCCGCACCUAACUGUCAGGCGAAUUACCGGCGGGUUUACCAAUCAAAUGUAUUAUUGUGCAAUCGAUAACAAUAGCGACAACAAAAGUUGUCGCCGACAACUGGCCAAUGAUACGCCGACCGAAGUUGUGGUCAGACUUUAUGGUAAAAAAUGGAUAGAGAGUAGCGGUAGUUGUGUCGGCGGCGGCGGCAGUGAUGGUCAUAAUGAAAGACUCAACGAUAUUGUUAUCUAUUUAAUGGCAUCGAAAAGAGGUUUGGGUCCAAAACAGUUAGCUUUUUUCGCCGACGGUUCCAUUGAACAGUUUAUUAAAUUACAUACUUUCGGUCUCAGCGAACAAUCCCAGGACCGUUAUGUCUGUCAAUUGGCCGGACUGUUGGCACAGUUUCAUGCGAUGCCGGUACCCAUUGCCCGUACGGGCGAUUGGUUUCGACAGUUUGUCGACUCGCAGCUAACUAAAGCCAAUCGGCUGUUCCCGUUGGCCGAUAUGUUUGUCCGGUUAGAUACCAAAAAUCUGAUGACUGUUGACCUCAAGAAAGAGUGCCAAUGGUUGCACCGGUGUUUGGCUGCUGUCAACAGUCCCGUAGUGUUUGCUCACAACGACUUUCGCGGCGCUAAUGUUUUGGUACACGAGUUGGCCGACGACGACGGCGGCGGCGGAUGCGAUACUGAUGGACAGCAGUCAGUAGUCGAUCGGCAAUUGUUGACACUAUGCGACUUCGAGUACUCGUGCUAUGGCUACCGGGGCUUUGAUUUUGGUGCCAUUUUCGAAGACUGGGGCCGAACUGAGACCAAUAAUAUCGGCGGCAAUGUUUCAGAUGAAACACUGCGCAAGUUUAUGACCAGUUAUUUGGACGAAUCGGUUAGAAUCGGAGGAAUGGCCUACCGGGAGGACAGUAUGGUCAACACAGUUGACCAUUUGGUAAGGGAGGCCAAAGUGUUUUUGAUGGCACAGCAAAUGUUUUUCAUAAUGUUUUGUUUGGCCACCGAAGAGAUGCCGUAUAAUAAAACAAAAGACCAGAUUUUGCAAAGAGGUGACCAACGUUUAGGUUAUUAUCUUGAAUUGAAAAACAAAUAUCUUAGUGAAGGACUUAUCAAAUAA